AUGUCUGGAGAAGCGCUGGCACCCUGGCCAUCUGCCAUCUUGGAGAUGCGUUCGACCCACCACCACGCUGGUAAAGGCGGGAUGCGCUUGCUAGGAGGUAAUUACAUGACCCCAGGCGUUGCAUCAAGGCCUGCAGCCGUCGUCACGAACGCGGAAAUCUAUUCUGCGGCACAGUGGAACAACAGCAAUCCAGUCGGUUUUCAGAACGUACAAAUAAGCAACCACUGGCGCAACCUUGAUUUCGGCGUCGGCGUCAUGUGCUUUGAACGUCCAUCAGCCCGUUGCAUAGACCUCCAGACGAACGGCGCUCGGCUGUGGGUGCCUGUUUAG